AUGAAGCUUCUCGAGAAGAAAGGCGCCGAGACCUCCGUUGGAACCAGUCUUGCCGCGGUUGUGCCCCAGGAUACGCGACCUUGGUACCGUGUGCCUCAUCUUGUGAAGCUCAACAUUCUCUUACUGGUGCCCCUCAUGUCCUCGGCCUCCAUCGACUAUGAUGGCUCCAUGAUGAAUGGGCUACAGACACUUCCCCAGUGGCGGGAGUAUUUCGAAAACCCCACAGGAGCCCUACUGGGAGCUAUGAACGCCGUAUAUCCUGCUGGAAAGAUCGUUGCGCUUUUCUUGGUCGCCUUCUUGUCUGAUCGCAUCGGGCGAAAGAAAACCAUCUCUAUCGGCGCUCUGGCUUGCGUUGCAGUACCGUUUAUGCAGGGCAUGUCCAAGAAUACGUCCAUGUUUAUUGCCUCACGAGCACUUCUCGGUUUCUUCACUAGCUUCAUCUCUCAGCCUAGUCCAAUUCUGAUUGCCGAGCUUGCAUACCCUAUGCACAGAGGCAAGCUUACGGCCUUAUAUAACACCUCGUUUUACCUUGGAUGUAUUAUUGCAGCAUGGUGUACGUACGGUCUAAUGCCUGCAUUGCAAGUCCUUGGUAUCUACUCUGUACCCGAGUCACCAAGAUGGCUUGUUGCCCAAGGACGCAAAACAGAAGCCCGUCAGAUCUUGGUCAAACAUCACGCUGGAGGAGACGAGUUCUCGGCUUUGGUUGACUUUGAGACGGCCGAAAUUGAAACAGCUCUUACAUUUGAGGCCGACACGUUAUCGCAAAACUCGUGGCUGGAUCUAUUCCGUACGCCAGCGAAUCGUAAGCGAUCCCUUAUUGCGUUCAUCGUCGGCUGGUUUACACAAUGGAAUGGCAUCAACCUCGUUUCCUACUAUCUCGCCCUGAUCCUCAACACUGUCGGCAUCAUGUCAGUCAAAGAGCAGACAUUGAUCAAUGCACUCUUGAACGUCUCAAACUGGCUGGCCGCUGUUUUUGUCGGAGCGCUCAUGGUAGAUCGACUGGGACGCCGCACCCUGUACCUGAUAUCAACUGGUGGGAUGUUUAUCUCGUAUAUCAUUUGGACAUCUUUGACCGGUAGUUUUAUCGCCACCAAUAACGCAACAAUUGGAAAAGCUGUCAUUGCAUUUGUCUUUAUUACAAAUCUAUUUUAUGCCAUUGCCUGGUCACCACUGUUGCAGGCUUACACAGUCGAGAUUUAUCCCUAUACGCCUCGAAGCCGCGGUAUCUCGUUCUUGUACAUGUCUAGCUUUAGCGCUUUAGUACUUGCUAACCAAGUCAACCCGAUCGCUAUGCACAGCAUUGGAUGUAAGUAUUACAUUCUGUUCUGCUGCAUCAUUCUCUUGUUGCUCGUCACCAUCUGGUUUCUCUUCCCGGAAACCAAGGGUCAUACCCUUGAGGAGAUUCGUGACGUCUUUGGUGAUGGACAAGUGUCUAGGGACAUGGAAGAACGUGUUGCUAGGAAAGAGGCAGAAGGGCACGCAGUUGAGGUGGAGAGAAAGGAAUAA